GAGAGUUCUUUACCACGGCAGUGUCACUGCUCCUUUGAGCUUUUAGCAGUCGAGGCACCUCCUCUAGCUCACACCACACACGAGGCAGUAACACGCUGACUGAACCUCCUCCACUUCAGCUCAAACUCCACUUCAGCGGACUACUUCCUCAGGAUGGCUGCUUAUCUGCCAUUUCAAGAGCUCAACUAAAAAUUCAAUUUUUUCUUCCUUUAAAGCUCUAGGACAAUUUCAACUCAGAAUAAAUCUGACUUUUGCAUUUUGUUUUUCACCUACAUCUCCGAUCACAAGUGUGGAACAUGACAGAUAUGUUUGCAUCAUAGGACUUCUGGAUAUGCAUGUUUUUUUAGGCUGACUGAAGAAGAGAAGAACAUGAAUUAAUGCUGUGGUUUAAGAUUUGGAGAUGCGGUGGUAUAAAAUGCAAGUUGAAAUCUUCAUUGUAUCUCAGUCACUUCUCUGAAGACGUUUUGAGCACCUGGCUAUGUCUCUUUGCUGCUGCUUUUUUCUUUGAAAAAUCGCAUGCCUCGAAAAACUGCAUGCCAUGAUCUCUGAAUACCUAAACAUGGAAAACAUGACAAACAUGACAAACAACACUCAGAAUGUGACACAGAAUGAAGGGUUUAAGUCAUUGCUGUUUGUCAUGGUGAUCAUCAUCACGAUUAUCAUUGUGGGUAACCUCCUGGUCAUCAUUGCUAUCGCACGCACCUCACAGCUGCAGACUACGACAAAUAUCUUCAUCAUGUCGUUGGCAUGUGCUGACCUCAUUAUGGGAGUGCUGGUGGUGCCACUGGGUGCCACAAUUGUCGUAACUGGGCAAUGGAAACUCAACAAUACUUUCUGUGAGUUAUGGACAUCAGUUGAUGUUUUAUGCGUCACUGCCAGCAUAGAGACUCUUUGCAUCAUCGCAGUGGAUCGGUAUAUUGCGAUCACACGACCGCUGCGACAUAAAGUGCUUCUGAAUAAGUGCAGAGCUCGAAUUAUUGUUUGCAUUGUGUGGAUAGUAUCGGCUUGUAUCUCCUUUAUCCCCAUAAUGUACGGUUUUUGGCGUAGAGACCCUAAUGAUGAUGUAGCAACUGCAUGUUAUAGUGAUACAAACUGCUGUGAUUUUAUAACAAACAUGACCUAUGCCAUCAUUUCAUCCGUGGUCUCAUUCUACAUCCCACUCUUCAUCAUGAUUUUUGUCUAUGCACGUGUCUUUCUCAUUGCCACACGACAGGUACAGUUAAUUGACAAGAACCGUAUAAGGUUCCAAAAUGAGUACAUGGGAAAUCAGGUACAGCCACCGAUCAUUGGCAACAAUAACUUGCCAUCUAUAUGUAAUAACAUCGCAGGGAUGACAACAAAGAGGAAGAGUUCCCGAAGGCGACCUUCCAGAUUAACUGUUAUCAAGGAGCACAAGGCCCUCAAGACACUGGGUAUCAUCAUGGGCGUCUUUACACUGUGCUGGCUGCCUUUCUUUGUGGCAAACAUCAUCUAUGCCUUCGUACCACAAGACAAGUACUUUUUCCGACUCUUAAACUGGUUAGGCUAUAUCAAUUCCGGACUCAACCCUAUCAUCUACUGCCGAAGCCCAGAGUUUCGCACAGCCUUCAAAAACCUUCUUGCCUGUCCAUGGAUUCCCUCAAUAAAAAUGAACUUCCUUUACAAGGAGUUUCAGAUUCGCUGUCCCUGCUUCCUAGGGUCUGCAGAUCCAGGAAUGGCAGGAUCCUUCCAGAAGCCCCCCACAUCUCCAGAUGCACUGCCUGAAGACGGGAGCAGCCAGAGCAGCUACAGGAGUGAGGAGCCAUCACCUGGACCACCACACUCCAACGGCAGCACCUUCUUCAGUGAAGUCUCUGAACCCGAGACAGAAUUCUCUAAUCUUCAGGAGCAGGAUGGCUGAGAGUGCCAAGCAUGGCUGAAAGAAAAAGACACUAAGGGAAGAAACAGGGAAAAGGACUGACCUACGUCACAGUUGGCUGGACUUCCCCGGCAGAGACCACAAGGCCCCAGCAAAACAUCCAUGAAGCCAUGAGGGGAGCCAGCUCCAAAAAUGAAACACAGAAGAGUGAAAAGAUAUGACCAUAGAGAGACAAACGCUGAGAGAAUGAAAUCAAACAACGCAAGAGAAUGACCGAACUGGUACUGCUCAUGAAGGAGUAUAAGAUGGAAAACUGCAUAACGAACUGGAACGAUCGACUUCAGCCCGGUUUGGUCCAGUUUAUUUGGCAGAAAACAAAUCAGACCUGUAGGUCCUCCAACGUGUUUUCAGUGCUAUGUUCUGAGUAUGGACUUCUUCAAAUGUCAAAUGGACACAGUUGCUCUGUAAAGACUUUCCAUGCACGUUGUGUGUCUGUGUGUGUGUGUGUUUUCAUAAAAAAAGUAUAGAUUUUGUACAAUUUCAUGUGCUAAAUUAUUAUUAUUUAUUUUACUCCCAAUAUUUUAGCUGUGAAUUUAUCAAAUGCUUGCCACAUUGUUAUGUUUGUGUUGUACAGGUUAACACUUCAGUAGUCCACUGAACUUUCCAGUCCAGCCACCUAAAUAUAAGCUACUAGACUUCCCACUUUAAAAAUAUAAGAAACUCUAAAGAAUAUUUUAUAGUGUUAUGAAAGUUCUAAUAACUUGAAUUGGAACCCUCUAAUUUGGUUGCUGUGUAAAUAAAGGGACAUUUAUAUGACACUACCUUCAAGUAAAGUUUUAUUGUUGGCCUUUUUUACACAUCAGCAUAUGGACAAUAUCACUUUUUAAGCUUUGAAAAAGCCUUUCAAGUGUUUGAAAAUUUUCAUCUUUGAGCAAACAAAACAUGAAAAUGAAAAUGGGUUGUCAUGCUUGUGUAUUAAAUGUUUGCAGUAAAAUGCUUAACAAAAAAAAAAAAAGAAAAAGGCACAAAGUUUUUACAAAUAACCAUCACCAACUGGCAUGCAAGAUUUUAGCCAAGUUCCUUGUGAACGGGCAUCAUUUGUAUUCUAAAACUGUCAAAAGUGCUUAAUGAAAAUCUUUUCAAGUUUUAACACAUUGUUGUUGCGUAAAUGUACUAUCACUGUAAA